AACGAUUGGGAUAAGAAAUUAAAACAUUUUCGUUUUGCUUACAAUACAUCAUUUCACAACUCGAUUGGUGAUACACCAUUUUUUUUAACUCAUGGACGAGAUGCUCAUACAACCAAUUUCAGCAGUUAUAUAAAAUCAGAUUCAGUUACCAUACUAUCAAAAUUCAAAAAUGACCUAGUAGAAACCGUUCGUGCAGCUCAUGAAAUCGCAAAUAUUCAAAAUGAACAGCAGCAAUGGUAUACAAGUGAUGAAUCGAAGUUCCAAAAAGACCAACUAGUACUAUUGCUCAAUUCAACACAAUCUAACGCAGCCAAACAAGUUUCUAAGAAAUUACUAGACCCUUGGAUUGGACCAUUCCGAAUCAUUAAAGUGUUGUCGUCGACAACGUACGAUAUAGAA